CUCUGCGAACAUGAUAUAGAAGUUGGCGAAUGCAGCGGAGUUUUCGUGCGAUUCGGCUACGAUCGUGCAUCUAACGAUUGUAGGCAAUUCACAUAUGGAGGAUGUGGAGGUAAUGGCAACAACUUUGCCAACAUCCAAGAAUGUCGCAAUGUAUGCGUGAAGAAGGUCUGCAAUCCAAAUCCACAAUGUGACCUGGCACGUUGCCAAAUUGUUAACGAUCAGUCCGGCUGUUCCGACACACCUAAGUGUCCAGAUGUGGACGUCGGCAGUUGCAAGGAUCCAUGCAUUGUCAUCAACAAUCGCAAAGGAUGCAAGGACUGUAUCUGUCCCACCAUUCCGUCUUCUGGGCAAGUUCCAUCUUCGUCGGAGGAAGAAGAAGAUGAGGAGCCUGCGGUUGCACCACCAUCCCCACGUACGACCUCUCGCCCUGUCACGAACGCACCACUAGCUACUGGUCCACCUCGCCCACCAGCUACUCCAACGAAAGUGGGACCACCAGCUGGUCCUACUGUUAGUAAUGCCGCUCCUCCUGGCAGCAGAGACAAUCGCGUGAAUCCCAGACAAGGUAGAAGCUGUGCUAACAGUUCAAUCAUCGCAAACGAAGCAGGUUGA